UUUGAUCGGCGGGUUGCGCAUGCGUAGUGAAAGCUCGCUGCGUCAUAGUUCUGAAUAACCUCCUUGCUCGCAUACGCUCCAGCAACAACGUUGGAGGUCGACGUUACAGAUUGUAUUUAUAAAAAAAAAGAAGAAAAAUAAGAUGUUUAAUACAAAUAAGUUAUUUUGAGUGCGCGUAAAUUUAUUAAUUAACAAACGGGAUAAUUGGAUAAUAAAUAAGGUGCAAAAAUAAAGUGCGUGUGCAUUAGACUUCACAGUUAUUCUGAUAUCGAUUUGAAGAUACCUUUAAUAAUAACUCAAAUAAAAUGACUGGUAUUAUCAAGCAUAGAGAGUUGGGAAAUGAUACAAACUUCAAAACUUCAACAAAUACACAUUUACCAUCACCAGUUCCUAUAACAUCUCAUAUAUUGAGUGAUGAAGUAGAUAAUAUUGAUUAUCAUUUUGAAGCAGCAAGACUGCAUAGUUUUGAAAAUUGGCCUGUAUCAUACAUUGAACCGGAAAAACUUGCAGCUGCUGGAUUUUAUUACACAGGUGAAGGUGAUAAAGUAAGAUGUUUUGAAUGUCAAGUGGAGAUAUGUCAAUGGGUGGAAGGUGAUAUUCCUAUGGUUGAUCAUCAACGUUGGGCAGCAAGGUGUAGAUUUAUUCGUAAAAUGAAUUGUGGUAAUGUACCAAUUGGAGUAGAUCCCAAUACAGUUAUACCACCAAGAUCAAGAAGCAGAGAUGUAUGUGGUCCUUAUGAUUUAGAAUAUCGACCUACAUCUGGUCCUGAUAACCAUAAUUUUUCAAGGGAAUUACAACUACCUAGUACUGCUAAACUUAGCUGUUUAGGCUUGGGAAGACCUAAGGGGCCAGUACAUCCUGAAUAUGCAAGUUAUGAUGCUAGACUACAUACAUUUGUAACAUGGCCAAAAUCUAUGCCACAAACAAAGGAACAAUUAGCAGAUGCAGGCUUUUAUUAUACUGGAACUGGUGAUCAAACUUUAUGUUAUCAUUGUGGAGGUGGCUUAAAGGAUUGGGAACCUGAAGAUGAUCCUUGGGAGCAACAUGCAAAGUGGUUUUCUAAGUGCUAUUACCUAUUAAUGGUUCAAGGACAAGAUUAUGUAAAUAAGAUAACAGGUCAGCAUAUAUCUCCACCUUCUAAAGAGGAAACAAUGCAAAUGAAUUUACCCAGUUUUAUUAAGAAAGUACAACCUGCAAAUACAGAAACAGAGAAAAAGAAAGAAACAGAAAGCAAUCCUGGGUCAAGUUCUCAAGAUAAUAGUAUAGAAAGCAUUGUCAGCAAUGCAGAAUCUAUAAAAGGAAAUUCAGAAGAUCUAUCAAAUAUAAAAACACAAACUAAUAAUAAACCUACGGAUGAUGCAAGAAUGUGUAAAAUUUGUUAUAAUGGAGAAUUAGGAGUGGUAUUUUUACCAUGUGGACAUAUGGUUGCUUGUGUAAAAUGUGCUCCUGGAAUGACAUCUUGUGCAGUAUGCAGAGAACCUGUUACAAUGACCGUACGAGCCUUCUUCUCAUAGUAUUCCAUAACUUGUGAUAGACAAUGAAUACAGUUCACAUAUGAUUUCUGUUAUGGUGUUUUACACUCAAUCAUCCACGACUGGUAGCGAUAGUAUAUCGCAAACUGCAUUAAAUGACAUGACUCAUGUAGCAUACCAGUCUGCGGGUACAAGCUAUAAGAAUUCUGUUGCAUGUUUUUGAAGCCUUAAGUGAUGAUAUUCAUGUUAUAUAUAUAUGGAAAAUAAAAGUAAGAUUUACUGUAAUACAGUUGGCAGUAAUUAAUGUUUUAUAAUUGUAACAAAGUCAAAGAAUUUCAUAUUUUAAAAUUUGUCUUGGAAUAAUCAGUAUUAAAAUGAACAAUAUAAAUACAUUUAAGAAUUUUGUAUAAAUUACAUAACAUAUCAGGAAUAUAAAAAUCAUAAGAAUUUGCUCAUACUACUUUUAUACAAAGCUUUUAGAUUAAUUUUAUUUCAAACUCAAUGUAAGCUGUACCUGCAACUGAACGUUGCUAUUUGCACAUUCAUAAAUUUAUGUUGUCUGUAUCAUUGGACUAAUCAGAAAGGCAACAGAGUAAAUAAAUAAGCUUGACACAUAGUACAAAUAGCAACAAAACAUGAAGUCUAGUCAUUAAUAUUACAUGACGACGAACAAUGAGUAAAAAUUUACAACUCUACAGUGGCAGCAAUAUACAUAUCUACAGUUAACAAAGUCGAGUUUCAUUUUUCAUGUAUUUAUACAUUAAACUG